AAAAAAAAUAAUAAUACAAAACCGGAAUCUGUAUCAAUACAUAGAAAACAUUAAUUAUGUUUCUGUUUGUAAGUUAACAUAAAAUGAUUGGUCAAGAAUGAUAAACAUGUUGGCAGUCAUUGCUAACUUAUCCGAGCCUUUAAACACCGAGGGCAAUUCAAAACUUAAUCCCUACUGCUGUGAUAACGAACGUGUAGCCACACCGUAGAGGUAGUUGAACGUCACCUUCACUCACUCGCACCUUUUUUUUCUAAACGAUCAACGAUCUUCGACUCAAACGAUCAAGAUAACUGCACACAACUGUGUCCUUGUCAGACGGACAGACAAAUACACGAACCAACAAGACACAGUAGAACAAAAAACCACUGCCAAUCCACUGAACAAAGGCACACAAAUAUCACCACCAGUAGGAUAGUUGGAUAGUUGUUGAGAUGAUCUUUGGGAGUUGAAAGUGAGAUUGAAUCAACAACUGGCUCGGACACCACCGGGAGCAACAACAUACGAAUCUUCAAACGAAAUCAAAUACUGCGAGUCGAUAGAAAAUGGGGGAACAAGACCCACGAACGGGUUAAUCAUUUGUUCAAGUCAAGUUCAAUCUCUAUGGCAGUGACGCAAGCGAUCACCCGUCCUGAGCGAAAGAUGUACAUCGGUGAUCGCGAUCGUAAAAGAACUUCCGAUGAAUUCUGGGAGAUGUGAGUGAGAGUGAGAGAAUGUUUUCAAAGCUGACACUGACAAAGCGACGACAAGGUCGUUCUAGCCCGCGGGAGACGUAUGUACAGAACGCCUUACGAGAGAAAACACACAUACUGGUAGACAGAGAGUUUGCAUAUGCUGACACAUUUUGAUUUUAUACCGGUGCCAUGUGUUGCGUGGCAUGAAAGAGAGACGAGAGAAGAUCUUUACCUCACUCUUUUCAUUAUUUAGCGAAUAGAGUGGUAUGUUUGAAGCAUUGUUUGCAUUGUUUGAAUAAGGAUAAAAUUUUGCUAUCUAUUUGUUGCGAUCAUGGUACAGAAAUGAUGCAUGUAAGGCAUUUAACUUCAUUCCUAGUGACAACAGUGAGAACAUUCAUCUAAAAGAACCACUUUACGCACACAAAUGCAAAGCAAUGCUUUGCCAGAUGUUGCAUACACGUAUGCGGAUGAAUGCGCAACUGUCAAACAAUGUUGCGCAUAGUUUUGCGUUUACAUCCCACGCUUGAGUGGGCAGAUAAUUUUUAUGUUUCUUUGUAACAUUAAAUAUAUUCUAUAUUUGUUAGUUACCAUUGAACUGCGUUACAUGUAAUUAUUUUUAUUUUUUGGUGUGCUAAAGCACUGUGCAGUUUUUACCGAGAUAAACGAAUAUGUAUUGCGACACCAAGCCACAGCACUUGAGCAUAGGACUGGCAAACGGAACGCAUCGGACGCGUAUGCAAUAAACAUCAACGCUGCUUGGUCAUAACUAACACAAAGCUGCUUAUGUGGUGGCCAAUCAUUACAGGUGUCCGUUUGUGUAGGGUGUUUGUCGGCAUUUUUCUACCUUUCGUUCCGAUUGGAAAGGUAAAGGACGAGUGAGUGCAUGUGUGUGAGUGUAGUUUGUUGUGGUAUGCGUUGCUGUAGCGUUGAUUUGUGUAUGGGAAGCAGACGAACAUUCUAUGUCAUUGAUCGCAGAUCGUCUUAAGAGCUACGAGGGUGAAUAAUUUUUAUUGUAUCGUUUAGCAUUAAUGACAAAAGAAUGCUGAAAGUGUAUUACGAGCUGUAGUAGAAAAUUUUUAUUAAAUGCGCACAGUAAUAUCAGUAGACUGUCCAAAGAUCGCAUUUGUGCACAAGAUCAUACAUACACGCACACACUCUCAUACACACACACACAUGCCGAUACAUGAGAUCAAACCGGCGCUCGUUUCCUAUUCGUUAAUUCCUUCGUUGAUGCUCUAGCGAUUGGGUAAUAAAAUAGCAAAUAAGAACAGCUUAUUACCUGUUAUACGCAUUUUUGAUAAGUAGCCAAGGUGCCCCAAUCACAACAAUCUCUUGGAUAGACAUCCUUUACAAAUUUGGGAACGUAAUGACGCCUCGAAAAAAACCGUCUGAUGAACCAUCCAUUUCACAGCAAAAUUUUACAAAUUUCUGGCCUAACGUAAUGCGAGAAAUUGAGCGAAUGAACAAAAUUGAUACAGCUCAUCCAGUGUUUCCACUCUCGCGCAUUAAGAGAAUAAUGAAGAUUGACGAAGAGGUGCCAAAUAUAGCCUACAAUGUUAGCUCCCUAUUAGCGAAAGCGAGCGAAAUAUUCAUCCAGGAAUUGACACUGUGUGCAUGGCUGCAAACUGAAGCUAGCAAUCGGGCAACGUUAACGCGCAAGGACAUCGCGAAGGCCACUGAAAAGUAUGAGCAGUUUGAUUUCCUCAUGGACAUUGUGCCGCGAAACAAAAAUGAGGCGGAAAAGAGCGUUGUUGAUACGGAGGAUACGCAAGACGAGGAUAGCAGCGAGGAAGUGGGUUGCACAAAUUGUGCAAAGGAAGGGACCAGCUGCGAGGGACCGCGGUGUGGCUUCCAGCAGCCCGAAAUACAGCCUCGAAAUGCUGAGAGUGCAGCAGAGGGCCACGAUGAUACGGUGACACACGUUAUUCCAAUUGUUGUACCACAUAGUGGAACAGGUUCAACCGAUGAGCAGGUGCCUAUCAAUCAAACACUUCAACUGUUUUUGCAAAUAAUAACACCGACAGGUGAAAUAUCGCAUGUGCCGAUCACGAUACCUCAAGACAACCUGACCAUCACAGAAGUGGUUGAUCCCGAAGCUACACCAAAUUAUAUGUAAUGGAAUGGCAUACAGACGGCACCGACUGUCAAUUUUUUUUUUGGUUUUUUUUUUAGUUUGCAUUCAACAAAUUUGACAAUGCAAGAGCAGCUAUCAAUCAUACAAAGAGCGGUAAUGCUAGCAGUUGCAGCAGAUAUGCCAUAUAAAGCACCAUUUAUGAAGGAGUUUGCAUGGAGCAAUAUUUUACAUCGAUUUUUUUUUAAUUUUAAUUUGGUAUAAACUAUAAAAAGUAUGGCUUAGCCAUACAAGUGCCUUAAACUUAUGUCCUCUUACUGAGAAUCCUUAUCCUUAUUUGAAAAUUUUAGUUUUUAUAUAUGUCUAUGAGAAUUAUUUCGACUUUUUUUUACAUUUGAUAUCAUUUAAAAGUGAAGACAUUAUAUUAUAUUGAUAUUACUACCAUUUAAACAUAGACAUUGGGAUAUUUAAUCAUAUUUACCACCAACAAUAUGCAGAAAUUUAGAUUAAAUCAAACUAGGGUAGGAAACUACUUUCGUUAUAGAAAACAAAUUACAAAAACCAGCAAAUCAAACGGUAUCAAACAAAAAUCCCGCAUUUUCAAAAAGUAUUAUUCUUUACGGAAUGUAAAACCACUUAAAGUGACAGUGUUCCAUCAGAACAAGCAUGUGCAAUUAAGGUUAGUGUAACAUCGCACCGCAGAAUCCCGUGAAGCUAUUACUUGUAAAGAACUAUUUUUGCAGAAGGCCAUCAAUCAACAUAGCAACACGUUUACACAACUACAAUAGCAAUCGUAAGUAAGGUAGAUCAUGAUCACGGUAGAAGAUUUUUGAAAAUUUGUUAAGAGCAUUAAACGAUGAAGUUCAUACAAUGUGAUUGCUAUUCGGUAAGAAUUUCUAAAGCUACACCUUUUUAAAUAGCAAAAUACUAAAAUAAUACACAUGGAAUCCUUUUUCAAUGGAAUAAAAUUGCUUCAUUUUGGCACUGCUA